AUGUCCGGCACAGAUUUGGAGGACUCACCUCCUUGUUGCAACUUGUCAUCUGCUUCGGAGCUGAAUGAAACUCAAGAGCCCUCUUUGAACCCCACCGAGUACGAUGAAGACGAGGAAUUCCUGCAGUACCUGUGGAGGGACUACCUACACCCGAAAGAUUAUGAGUGGGUCCUGAUCGCUGGGUACAUCAUCGUGUUUGUGGUGGCUCUCAUUGGGAACGUCCUGGUUUGCGUGGCAGUGUGGAAGAACCACCACAUGAGGACGGUAACCAACUACUUCAUAGUCAACCUUUCUCUGGCCGACGUGCUCGUGACCAUUACCUGCCUUCCAGCCACACUGGUUGUGGACAUCACCGAGACCUGGUUCUUUGGACAGUCCCUCUGUAAAGUGAUUCCUUAUUUACAGACCGUCUCAGUGUCCGUUUCCGUCCUUACACUGAGCUGCAUCGCCUUGGAUCGAUGGUACGCCAUUUGUCACCCUUUGAUGUUUAAGAGCACAGCCAAGCGGGCCCGAAACAGCAUUGUCAUCAUCUGGAUUGUCUCUUGCAUUAUAAUGAUUCCUCAGGCCAUCGUCAUGGAGUGCAGUGCCACGUUCCCCUCCAUAGCCAAUAAAACCAUCCUCUUCACCGUGUGUGAUGAGCAAUGGGGAGGUGAAAUUUACCCCAAGUUGUAUCACAUUUGCUUCUUUCUGGUGACAUACAUGGCCCCCCUGUGUCUUAUGGUGUUGGCCUAUCUGCAAAUAUUUCGUAAACUCUGGUGCCGACAGAUCCCUGGAACAUCUUCUGUAGUUCAGAGAAAAUGGGAGCCUUUGCAGCCUGUUCCACAGCCUCGAGGGCCAGGACAGCAGACCAAGUCCAGGAUUAGCGCUGUGGCUGCUGAAAUAAAGCAGAUCCGAGCCAGACGAAAAACAGCCCGGAUGCUGAUGGUUGUGCUUUUGGUGUUUGCAAUUUGCUAUCUACCAAUUAGCAUCUUGAAUGUGCUAAAGAGAGUAUUUGGAAUGUUUACCCAUACGGAAGACAGGGAGACAGUAUAUGCCUGGUUUACAUUUUCACACUGGCUUGUAUAUGCCAAUAGUGCUGCGAACCCAAUUAUUUAUAAUUUUCUCAGUGGAAAAUUUCGAGAGGAAUUUAAAGCUGCGUUUUCUUGCUGUUGCCUUGGAGUGCACCAUCGCCAGGAGGAUCGGCUCGCCAGGGGGCGCACGAGCACCGAGAGCAGAAAGUCUCUGACCACCCAGAUCAGCAACUUGGAUAACAUAUCCAAACUCUCCGAGCAAGUCGUACUCACCAGUAUAAGCACACUCCCAGCAGCCAAUGGAGCGGGGCUGCUUCAAAACUGGUACUGA